CCACUCACACAGAUCACACCCCCGCUGCCCACCCAAAGCUGUAGUUGUUUCUCCCCGGGUCACCUGGAGCACCUCGAGUAGCCUCUGUACGAAUACAUCAUGUCGAUGCACCACCAUGACCACACCAUUCCACAACCCCCGUCGAACAUGCCCCCACCGCGUUCUCCCCAAAUCGAUCCAGCGCUCUCCAUGUACCCGGGGUACUAUGCCUAUCAACAACAGCCCCAACAACACAUGGUCGCCCAUCACAUUCUUCCAGCAAACCUACCCUCUCCCUCUUCCCAGGGUUCCGACACCGUUGGUACCCCUCCCACCGAAACCAUGUCCUAUCCUCACCCCAAUGCUAAUGGUAAACGCCUGUCCCCCGCGAUGUCCGCCCCCGGAGAUUUCAACAGAAAAAGAGUCAGGAUCGAGGACAGUGCUGCAAGCCCAUCAGCUGAAAGGGAUGAGACUAAACCAAAGUCAACCAGAGGAUCCCGCGCCUGCACCGUAUGUCGGCGCUUGAAAAUGAAAUGUGUCGGUGCGGAACAGAAACCACCAUGCCAGCGUUGCCGGACCGGUGGUCACGAAUGCAUAUUCGAAGAGUCAAAUCGCGGAAAGCGGACCGCCAAAAAACACGAGGUUCUCACCAAAACCAUCCGAAAAAUGGAACAGACGCUUGAUACCGUGCUCAAAUCCAUCGGCAACCCCGCCAUGACUUCUGGCAUGGUUUCAAGGUCACCUUCACCCACAUCCUCAGGUCAGGCUGCACAGACCCAAGCGCUACUGGCCUCGCCUUCUCCUCCACCGCAAUCUCUAUUUCCACCACAACCUACCAAGGAGCCUCCAACUUCGUCGCCAAAGUUACAUUCACUCCCCGAUAACCCCUUGAACCCGCUUGGAUUAUUGGCCGAGGCAAGCUUGGCAAAUCGAAAGGCAUACGGGGUUUCUUCGUCUUUCACUGCCCGUCCAGCCGAUCCGGAUCCAAACCGCCGUCUAGGUGUUGCCAGCGACAAUUACUUCAGGCCAGGUCCUAUGUCCAUUCUACCACUGCGACGAUUGUACAUCGAAAGGCAGAUUCAACCGGAAAUGCUGAGCUUCGUAAGCACGGAUGAAGUGGUAGCGUUAUUUAAGAUUUAUUUCGACCAUAUGAACGUCCGUAUCCAAAACUCGCCAAUGUCAAUUCUACGGCUGAUUUCGUCACAGAUGCAUUGCGGUCUGCUGGAUCGCGAAUUCCACACCCCUUCACUAGUGUGCUCCCGUUCUCCGUUCUUACUUACGACAAUUUGUGCGAUAGCAUCCAAAUUCUAUCCCGUCCGCGCGGACCUCCAUGGAAAGCUUUCCGACAUUGCCCAGAAGCUCGCCUUCAGCGUUCCUGCAAAAGGGUACAAAUCGCUCGAGAUCAUCCAAGCUUAUCUUCUACUCACGCUCUGGGGCUGCGGUGCCGUGGAGCGGUAUGAGUACGAUAAGACAUGGUUGUUAUUAGGGAUGGCCACCCGCAUGGCAACGGAUAUGAAUUUACACCGUAAGACGACGGUCAAAAGUGAUGACACGGCGGAAGGCCGAGCACGGGACAAGGAGGUACAUAAUCGAGAGCGCACCUGGUACUUAUGUUUUGCGCUUGACAGAAGUACGAGUGCGCAGAUGGGUAAACCCCAUUCCAUAAGAGAGGAUUCUGUCAUACGGAAUGUCUUAGAAUGGAUACGCUCCCCUGACGCAACGACUGGGGAUUCACUACUGGCAGCUUAUGUGGAAUUACAACGAAUCGUGUCAAGAAGCCUCGAUUUCCUUUACUCCGGAACUAAUACUCCUUCCGGACUACAGACGGAUUGCGAUUACCUUUUGAUCAUUAAGACAAUUGAGACACAAAUGUAUGCAUGGCAACACGAGUGGACUGGCGCCCGCCAGUUCCAAACCGGCAUAGACGAUGAGGUCAUCAAGGCAUAUCGCUCGACGAUGAUGAAGUUCUACUUCCACUACUAUAUGCUCGUUAUCAAUUCCUUUGGCUUGCAGGAUGCCAUGGAACACUCUUCCGUGGACAUCCCUCAUUUCUUUGCGCGGGUCCAUACUGCGGCGACGGCUGUGUCGGCUAUUGCGCGGGACGAGCUUGCACCCCGGGGAUAUUUGAGAUAUUCCCCAGAUUCGCACUUCGUUUUCCUGUCUUAUGCCGUGCUAAGUUUGCUGAAGCUCAUUCGACCGGAAUUCCAGACGUUUAUCGAGAAUGAACAAAAAAUUGUGGAACUCGUCAAGGAUGUUGCAACUGUUCUUGGCGAGAUUGCCAUCAAUUCCCAUCACACUCCUGCACUGUACAGCACCUUCCUGAGAGCACUUAUCUCUGCUCGGACGGAUGGUGUUCAACAACAGCAACACCACCACCAGCAGGGACAACAUCAGUUGCAGCAGCACCAAGCAUCCGGCGCAGAUGCAGUAGAAAGUGAUGAUGCCAUACAGCAGACUGAUGUGGGCAUGGUACCCAAUUCUACGCUCUUUUCCGGAAAUCCAAGCAUUUCCGUUAGCGGGGUGAAUGGAAUGAAUGACUACCAGUUUGCCAGUGAGAUGGGUCCGCCGUUGGAUAUCUCAACGUUCCCGCCUACAAUGGCUCCCCUUCCACCAGAUGACGGAAUGAAUAUGUUCUCGAUGGAAAACUUCCUCAGCAACGGAUUUUGGGACAGCGUACUUGUUCCAGGUUACUCAGACACGAUGGAAGGGCUGAGCGGCGGUUUCGUGUUUGGAGCAGGAGGUAGUGGUCUCAUUACUCCCGGGUUGCUACCGUCUCCGGUGCCCUCAGGAUCCACCACCCCAGCUCGUCAGGAUCCCAAUGCCGCCAUUGACUUUGGCCAGCAAAAUCUCAAUGUAGCGAUGAUGCAUAGAAAAUGAUGAAUUCUGUAUUUGUCCCCUGCAGCAUAUUGGUGGUAUUUGUUACACCGUUUCUUGUUCUUCGUCCAGGUCUGUUUGUCUUGAUGAUAC